AUGAGGAAUUGGAAACAAACUAAUUUAUUCCAGAACGACCAGUUCCUUGUUGCCGCUCUCGAAGAAGCACUGGAAGCUGACGCGGUGGCUUCCAGCCAUCCACUCUCCUUCAGGGUAGACAAAGCUGCGGAAGUGUCUGAAGCGUUCGACUCAAUUACAUACGCUAAAGGAGGUUCAGUGCUCACAAUGCUGAAGGCUUUGAUUGGCGAGGAAAACUUCAAACAAGCUAUUACGAUGGGUUACCCAGUGGUUACUGUAGAAACUCUCAAUGCAACGACGUUGAAAGUAACGCAAAAUCGUUACAAGAAGAAUAAAGAUGCUCAGGAGCCAGAAAAGUAUAGCAAUCCGAAAUACGGGUCAGCACUAUCUCUGAGAUUCAAGUGGGAUGUUCCUCUUUGGUAUCAGGAGCACGACGUCAAGGAUGUAAAGCGAACCUGGUUGCCAAGAGAACAACCGCUGUAUUUGCACGUGAGAAAUACUGAUAAACCCAUUGUGGUGAAUGCUGAUCGGCACGGAUUCUACCGGCAGAACUAUGAUAGCGAUGGUUGGAAGAAAAUCAUAGGACAAUUCAAUAAGGAUCAUAAGGUAUUCACUUAUACUCUUUUUAUGUGA